UACUGGAUUAGCUACAGGUUCAGAAACAAGUUUUCUGAUGCUGGAUUAGCCAACAAGAUAUAAGAAAUGUGUUGGAAUAGCCAGAGGUUUAGCAUUUCUCCAUGAAGAAUCUGCAAUCAGGAUUGUUCACAGCGACAUCAAAGGUACAAAUGUAUUACUGGACAAAGAUCUAAGUGCCAAGAUAUCAGACUUUGGACUAGCUAAGCUCAAUGAAGAGGAGAACACUCACAUUAGCACUCGUGUUGCUGGAACCAUAGGAUAUAUGGCUCCAGAAUAUGCGCUGUGGGGUUAUUUAACAGACAAAGCAGAUGUUUAUAGUUUUGGAGUUGCUUUAGAAAUUGUCAGUGGAAGAAGCAAUUCGAGUUACAGGACAACAAAUGAAUUCGUAUGUCUUCUUGACUGGGCCCAUGUACCGCAAAAAAAGGGAAAUUUAAUGGAGAUAGUGGACCCAAAGCUGCAGUCUGAAUUCAACAAGGAAGAGGCUGAGAGGAUGAUCAAAUUGGCUCUCUUAUGCACCAAUGCAUCUCCAUCUCUAAGGCCUGCAAUGUCAGAAGUGGCGAGCAUGCUUGAAGGACAGACCAGCAUCCAGGAGAUGAUCUCAGAUCCUAGCAUUUAUGGUGAUGAUUUACACUCCAAACUUCUCAAGGGCCACUAUCAGCAGGUCAUGGACCAGAGUUUAAACAGCACACAAGACCGCUUUCCUCCAUCUGAUAAAUCAUGGAUUGGAAAUUCUUCUAAAUCUGCCCAUGAUCUGUACCCCAUCAAUCCCGAGUCCAUAAAUUUAAACAUCAGUGAAACCUCGUCUUUAAUUGAAUAA